UCAGCCAGAGCCAAUAGAGCCACCAGUCCACCCACUCCUGUACAUCCAUGUCUUAACCAAGGAAAGCCAAUACCCCAUUUACUAGAAUCCGCACAAUCUGAUUAUCGUUUUUUUCUUUCCUGAACACCUUUUUGGCAUCAUUGGAUCAUACAGACUCACCUGUCAUUCCAUGACUGCAUGCACAAUUUCUGCAUUGUUUUCCUUUUAUGCCUGCCAGCCAGCUCAUGAUUUUGUCCUACUUAACAAAAAGCCAUCGCCAUUUUUAACAAGAGAAGGCAUUUUGGGUAAACCCAGUUUGGAAGUAGUUGUAGGAAAUGUGUUAAAUAUUGUUCAAAGAAAAGUAAAGGAAGUUGUCUUCAACUUGGUCAUCUGCAAAACCAACUCUUGCCUCAGUUGAGCGGCCCAUGUGAUCAUUUUUCAGUUUCUAUUUGGUAUCAGAAUCAUUGCACCUAGACAUUGGUGUGCCAAAAUUCUUCUCCUUUUUGUAAUUGUUCUUUUAUUUUAUAGUUCUUGAAUUAUGAGCAAUUUUAAUCUUAAUAUAUAAAAUUUCAGAAAGAUAUCACUGGUAUUAAAAUCAUGAAUAAAAUUUUCGCAUACCAAUGUACCAAGAAGAAAUUUCUUACUGGUCAAUAUUAAUAACUUCAAGCAGUAACUGUAACUGUGAGUAACAGGUGCAUGUUUCAACCUUAUGUCUUGAAAGUCUGUAUAAAAAGUGGUCUGUCUUUAGACCAUUUCAGCAUUUUAAAAAAGACUUUGCCAUCCACUCUUCUCCCAAAGAUCAGUUUCUGUCUGUGUUUUCACUGUGGAAGUGUAGCAAAGUCUUUUGAAACCUCCAUUAAUGGCUGCUCUAAGGAGCUUCGUCAAGAAAAGAUCUUUAACAUGCAACGAGCUCAUGAUGGCAAGGAGGCUGGUCUCCACAGAACCCACCAUUGAUUCUCCUUCUUUUGCUCAAAGACUCAGAGAUCUCCCCAAGGAUCUUCCUGGUACUAAAAUCAAGAGGGAAGUUUCCCAGCUAAUUGGAAGAACACCCCUUGUUUUUCUUAAUAAAGUAACUGAAGGCUGUGGAGCAUAUAUUGCUGUGAAGCAAGAGAUGAUGCAACCCACUGCUAGCAUCAAAGACAGACCAGCAAUGGCCAUGAUCGCAGAUGCAGAAAAGAAAAACUUAAUUGCUCCAGGAAAGACAACUCUGAUAGAGCCCACAUCCGGUAACAUGGGGAUAAGUAUGGCAUUUAUGGCAGCCAUGAAAGGUUAUAAGAUGGUUCUAACCAUGCCUUCUUACACAAGCUUGGAGAGAAGAGUGACCAUGAGAGCAUUUGGAGCUGAUUUAAUACUCACUGAUCCCACCAAGGGGAUGGGAGGGACGGUGAAGAAGGCUUAUGACCUUUUGGAGUCUACACCAAAUGCUUUCAUGUUGCAACAGUUCUCAAAUCCAGCCAACACUCAGGUGCAUUUUGAAACUACAGGCCCUGAGAUCUGGGAGGAUACUCUCGGUAAAGUUGACAUCUUUGUAAUGGGAAUAGGGAGUGGUGGUACUGUUUCUGGUGUCGGACAGUACCUCAAAUCCCAGAAUCCUAAUGUAAAGAUUUAUGGAGUGGAGCCUGCAGAAAGUAAUGUAUUGAAUGGUGGCAAACCAGGUCCUCAUCAUAUUACUGGCAAUGGAGUUGGGUUCAAGCCGGAUAUUCUGGACAUGGAUGUAAUGGAAAAAGUUCUUGAGAUCAGCAGUGAAGAUGCAGUAAAUAUGGCAAGGGAAUUGGCAUUGAAAGAGGGGCUUAUGGUUGGGAUAUCAUCUGGGGCCAACACUGUUGCAGCACUAAAACUUGCAAGAAUGCCUGAGAACAAAGGCAAAUUGAUUGUGACUGUUCAUCCAAGUUUUGGGGAGCGGUACUUGUCCUCGGUCCUGUUCCAAGAACUAAGGAAAGAAGCUGAAAACAUGCAACCUGUUGCAGUUGACUAAAUGCCUUCAGAGUCCAUGUUCAAUGCCUCAUGCCUCAUGUUAGGAAGCUCUUGUGAAACCAAAUGUUUCGUAUUACAAGGAAGCAUCUCUGGCAUACGUACCAAAUGUUUCAAUGAGAUAUUUGUAUUCAAUUUUAUUAGGAAUAUCUCUUCUGAACCCAACUGUUUCAAUUUACUCGUUGAACUCUGUUGAAAUCAAAACAACAACUUGGUCGUCUAUAAAAAUUUAUAUGCAGAAUACAGUUCACUUAUUGUGCCUUCA